ACCGACCCAACCCAACUAACCCAUGGCCGGCCCUACUAAUAUUUGCCGAUCGAUCGCUCCGCAUCUUCAUCUUUUGUUUGUGUUUAGUAGCUCCUCCAUUUUGUCCGUAUGUUGAAGUAGAAGACCCAAACUAGAACAAAGAAAAGUCAAAAUGUCAACUAGAAUACGUAGAGCAUAGAGAAGUACUGCUCGCAUCGCAUCGCAUGUGAAGCAAACAAUCGCUUUGUUUGGAGGCUUUGCCAUUUUAACACCACCUCUCUCUCCUCAGUGAGCCAGUCCUCACAUGUAUAAUCUGGCUCCUGCCCAAGGCUUCUAUUGGGGAGUUUCUUCAGGUGCCCCUGAAAAGCGAAAAACAAUGCAUGGUGGACUUACAUUCUUGACUUUGAGUACUUAGCUGAAGGACUGCUCUUGUAUUUCUUGGACGCUUUUGAUUUUGUAUCUGAGUUGUUGUUUACAUAAUUACGGUUCGUUUGGUAUUGAUGAUGCUUGGCAGUUCACCAGUAGAAUUGGUUGUAGACUACAAUUGAGUAUAAUAUGGGUUCCAUUCAAAAUACCGUUUACUACUGUUGUGUAUCAAGGGGUAAUCGGAUCCUUUAUGUAUACAGUGGUGGAGAUAGUGAAAUUGAGAACUUGGCUACUUUGUGCUUGGAAAAGACUCCUCCUUUUCAUAGGUGGUAUUUUGAGACAGUGGGCAAAAGGACUUAUGGGUUCCUAAUUGAAGAUGGGUAUAUUUAUUUCACAAUUGUUGAUGAGAGUCUAGGAAACCCUGGUGUUCUUCAGUUUCUAGAGCAUUUGAGAGACGAAUUCAAGAAGGUAGCCAGGAAGGGUUCCAGGGGAAGUUUGUCGAGUAUGAGCUCUGUUGGCAUACAAGAACAGUUAGUUCCUGUUAUCCACCGCUUGAUCACCUCCUUGGAGAAUGUUUCUCAGAGUGGUAGUAAUUGGACAGCUGAAACUUCCCUGUCACUUCAUGCUGGUCUUUCUCCAUCACCAAGUGGUGCAAACGGACAAACUGAAGUUGCCACUUCUACAAAAGCCCCUUUAUUGGGGAAGCCUAACAAGCAAGAUAAGAAGAAGGCGAAAGAUCAUGUUAUUGCUAUGAGAGACAUUGAGUUGGAGGAACAUAGGAAAUCUACAGAUAGAGGUGUCAAUAUUGACUCAGCAAAUUCAGAUUCUAAUAGCCAUGCUGGAGCAGGUUCUUCAAUUGCAUUACAAAAAGAUUUGGGCUCAAUGAGGAUUAGGUCAGGCUCUCAAAGCAUUCGAAAGAAGUGGUGCCGCCAAGUGCGAAUCGUCCUUGCCAUUGAUGCGGCUGUUUGUGUAAUACUGUUUGUGAUAUGGUUAUUGAUUUGUCAUGGUAUUGGGUGCAUCCGUUGAAUAUCUUGUAAUAUAAAUAUGAUUCCAAACUUGAUCAGUUUCUAAAGUGGAGCUUGAAAUGAUGACUAGAGAUGCUGAAAAUCAUAAGUCAUCAAGAAACAGGUCUCUGGAGAGAGAUAGAGAAGAAAAGGGGUGGAGAGGGAGAGGGAAGAGGGAGAGAUUGAAAGAAGUAUAUGGAAGCAAAGUAUUAACCUUCUCAAUGAUGUUUUUACAUCUAUUUGAAGGUUUGUGCUCAAAA